GUCGGAUUAUGAGCCGAAUUCACCUUGACCAGCGGAAGCCUGAAAGAGGGAAACGUUGGACAACGUUUCUGUUAGCAGUUGUAGCUUCGAAAGGUGGCAAGUUUCAAUCUGCGUAAACCGCGAACAUCUUUACCGCCAAAAUGACGGUGGGAAAGAGUUCGAAGAUGCUUCAGCAUAUCAACUACCGAAUGCGGUGCACAUUGCAAGAUGGCCGCAGUUUUAUAGGGACAUUUUUAGCUUUUGACAAGCAUAUGAACAUUAUUUUAGGAGAUUGUGAUGAAUUUAGGAAAAUAAAACCUAAGAGCAGCAAAGCACCGGAACGCGAGGAAAAAAGAGUUCUUGGUUUGGUUUUAUUGCGAGGAGAGCACCUUGUUUCAUUGACAGUCGAAGGACCUCCAUCAUCAGAUUCAAAAUCCAAACUGCUAGGGGCCAAUGCUGCUCCUGGCACCGGAAUGGGUCGUGCAGCUGGACGCGGAGUGCCUGCUCCUUUAGCACCAACAAUUGCUGCACCACCAGGACUUGCUGGACCUGUGAGAGGAGUGGGUGGACCAGCAGCUCAACUUAUGACCCCACAGGGAAGAGGAGCACCUGGUGGUGGUCCACCACAACAAAACCCACCAGCAUCAGUACCCAGUUCAAUGCCUGGUCCCCCAGGGGGGGCAAUGGGAGCACCAAUGAGAGGUCCACCCCCACCCAGACCACCUAUGGGGGGAGUGCCUCCAGGAGGCCCUCCAGGAAUGCCUAUGAGAGGUCCCCCUCCAGGUAUGCGGCCUCCAGACAUGGGUCCUCCAGGAAGGGGCAUGAUGCCUCCCGGUAUGCCUCCCCCUGGCAUGAUGCCACCAGGGAUGAGAGGGGGACCCCCAGGGAGAAUGCCACCACCAGGUCUUAUGGGUAGAGGUCCACCUCCUGGAAUGCGACCACCACCACGCUAAAGUGAAAUAUUUAAAGUUUGUUGCAUCAGCUGUAGU